GAACAUCCCUGCUAACAAGCCUUUAACCUGGAUCCCUGGCUAAUAUCCAUCAGGGACGAUGAUGAGUGAUGAAGAGUAUGUCCUUUGCAAGUGGAAAAAGCGGCGGUGGCCAGCACAGAUUUUGUCUAGAAGCCGGACUUCCAGAGGGCGUACUGUUCCUAAAGAGAAGCUCAGUUCCAUUCGGGUCAGAAUUAUUGCUGAGAAUAAGCAGGUUACCGUACAUUGUGACCAUAUUGUGCCUGCGACAAUACAAAGCAUUGAAGCUAUUGCCAAUAAGUUAGGUCCAAGCAAGGAAACCUCCAAAGUGGUGGAAGAGCUGACUUACCGGUGCGCCUUGAGGGAAGUGCUGGAGAAAUUGAAGGAAGAGGCAGCCCACAGAGGACCUGGCUCUCUUAGGCAAAGCAGUGGGGAGGCGUCAACCAGGGAAGGACAGCAAGAGCGAUCCUCAGCCCCCCAGCAAGGGCUUUCUCCCCAAAGAAGCCCCCGUGGGACAAAGAGGAUGGCUAAGGCAGGCCAGGCCCCUCCAGGUUCUCCAGCCACGUUGUCAGGACCUUUGGGGUCAGGAACUGAGAGCCCGUCUGCCCGCAAGCCUCCCUCGUCUGCAUCAGGAGGCCUUCCAAGUGGCAGGGAGCCGGCCUGGCAGAGUCACAGAGAUUUGAACGCCCCGAAGCCAAACAUCUCAGAAGAACUCACAUCACCAUCCCAGCACUUCCAGAGGUCUCCCCGGGCCUCCAAGGGGCACCGGCAGGUGGGAGGCCCAGCCAGUGAGGAGGCGCCUUUGGCCCAGCCAGCAAGAACCAGCACCCCGGCCUCUACUUCUCGCAAGCGUUGCCCCAGGUUCCCACCAGCAAAGGGAAGAGCCAGGGCUGCCCCAAGGCUGCGGAGGAAUUUGCUGGCCCCCCUUGCUGAAGGCUUUUCAUCCCUGCCAACGGAUGCUCUCCCAGCUGAGCAAGAGGCACCACAACCGAGGAGACGCCCAAAGACCUCCAGCGGCACCAGGUGCUCCCCACACUUGCAAGAGCAAACCCUGGCAGCUGGGGGGCCUUCCCUGAAAAGGCCACGAUGCAUGAGCCAUGGAGGGCAUGGGGACUCUUCUCCGGAAGGUGCCCCUUGGGGACCGAAAGGAGGGCCUAGCCCAGACAGGGCUGGAGAAGGAGGGCACUGCCAGACUCUAGAUGUUACAGACGAAGGUAGGAUGGCAUCCACGUGCAAAAGACUUGCUGGGGGAAUUCUGAAUUUUGGGGAGACCUGCAGGUGGUGCUGGAGUUCAUGCGCCGCCUUCAACUGCGGUGACCUUGCGUUGGUUUGGCAUGGCAUGCAGUGUGACCUCACAGCUGUUGGGGCUUCCUAACUGAGACUUACGGCUUA